UGAGAAGAGCUCGGAUAAAAAUAAUGGCGACUACAGAUUUGUUUUGAAAAAGAAUUUUCCAUAUUUACAUUUAUUUUGACAUCUUAUCGUGACUUUACGACAUAAGUAAGCUUUAGACAUGACUACCCCAUCUAAAGAGGGGAACGACCCAUGUUCUAACGAAAACAGUGAGGAAUCGGAUGCAGAUCCCGAUGUUGACGAGGUUUUAUUGGCUGAAUUUGAGGAAAAUGAAGCAACCACUGGACAAAAACAAGUAGUGGAAGAAGUAGGAAAACCACACACAGCAUUUGUAAAAGAAAAGUCAGACAUGGAAAGCUCACAACCAGAACCGAAAAAAUGCAAAGAAAAUGAACCAGAAGAGAAUGAAGGGGAAGUCUGGGAGCCACCCUGCCGUGAGAAAUCGGAAUUGUCCACCACCACCACGACUACCACAGAAUCCUACGACUCCUCAGACACCAGUCAGACAAGCAGUGAACAAACCAAGCUUAAAGUAGAGUUGCCUGCCCUUGCCAGCGUGAAUGAAGCCGCAGUCGGUGCCACUGCAACGCCAGUUGACGAUAGCUGUGAACCCAGCGUUUAUCACGUAAAGUGGACCAGUUUUAAAUCUAUAGAAGUUCCCAUUAUAACUCAGAAUGAAAAUGGACCUUGUCCACUGUUAGCUAUCAUGAACAUCUUGUUAUUGAAAGCUAAAGUUAGGCUUGAGCCUGGGAUAGAGGUGAUCACUCCAGAGCAGAUAAUGACUUACCUAGGGGACAGCAUCCUCCUCAGCGCACCUACGAAUGGCACUGAAGCUGUUCAGCUAAAUUUUGAGCAGAACAUGCAUGACGCCAUGGCAGUUAUACACAAGUUACAGACAGGACUAGAUGUUAAUGUUAGAUUUACAGGGAUACAGGAUUUUGAGUACACCCCUGAGUGUAUAAUCUUUGACCUGUUGGGUAUCCCUCUGUACCAUGGUUGGCUUGUUGAUCCCCAGGACAUGAGAAUGGUGGAGGCGAUCGGUAACUGUAGUUAUAAUCAGCUGGUGGAAAAAAUUAUCAGCGAUCGGAGCUCCGAGAGACCAGACCUCGUGAACCAAGCACUGUUGGCAGAGUCUUUCCUUGAUAGAACAGCAUCACAGCUGACUUACCAUGGGCUGUAUGAACUCAACUCAACCGUGAAAGAAGACCAGCUUUGUGUGUUCUUUAGAAAUAACCAUUUCAGUACCUUGUAUAAACAAAAGAAUGAGUUGUUCCUGUUGGUGACAGACCAGGGAUUUCUGAAUGAGAAGAAUGUGGUUUGGGAGACCCUGAAUAAUGUGGAGGGGGACGGGUACUUUGUGGAUGCCCAGUUCCACACCUACACCAAACCUACCCCACUCACAGAAACACUGGUACCUCCCGAGGUCCCCCCGGGGUCAGAUGAACAAGUGGAUCAAGACUACUUAUUGGCAAUGUCAUUACAACAAGAACAACAAAUGACAGAUGAAGAGUUGGCAUGGAAACAAAGUCAACAACAACAUCAACAAGUUCAAAUGUCAGACCAUGAAUUAGCGGCCAAACUUCAGGCCGAGGAAGACGAACAAGCAAUGAGAGCCAUAAACGAGCAACAGCAAAGACAGCAACAACAGCAGCAGCAACCACAGCAACCCCAGGGUCAGAGGUCAGCUGCUCAGGGUGCUAGAGGUCGUCCCCGGGAACGAGAGAGGGAGAGAGAGGCAGAACCUAGGGAUAGAUCUAAAGAUAAUAGAAACUCCUCCUUGUGCUGUAUUUUAUGAUGUGACUGAUCCAUCCAAUCAUCAUGGCUUCCAUUGGAGAGAGUGUUCUGACAGAGUUACCUAACUUGGUUGUGAUCUUCAGUUCCUAGUCAUUUAAGUGUUUGAUUGUAUCACACCCUUUCAUUGUGAACGCAGGGCAUUUCCAAGCAAGCUUGAAAAGUGUUAGUGAAAGAAAACUUUUGUCCAAGCCAUUAUAUUGUUUCCUAGCCAGCUUUGCAUCCAAGUUUUUUGAGUAUGAAUAUUUCAUUACAGAGUUAGGUGUAAGGCACGUCUCAGUUAAUAAGUUAUCUGCAUACCAAUGAACAGAUAAAUGGGGUAAUAAAAAUUAUCUGAAGAUAUUUUAACUUUUCUCUUCCAAUUUAAAUCAAUCUUAUUAGGUACAUAUGUUACAUUUUAUACAACCAAUCUUUUAUCAUAUACAUGUAUAUUUACUAGUUAUUAUAAAUAACUUAUGAUGCAUUAUAUAAGGGCAUCAAAUGUAAAUAGAUCUUAAUUUGUGAUAAUUUGUCAACAAAGUUUAGUUUUUUUUAAUUCUAGCUGUUAAAAAAUCUUUUGUUCAGGAAAGUUUUCCAAGUGUCAUACAUUGGUUUGUAACAGGUGAUUCACUGUGAGAUUUUAAUGUAUAAUCCCCCCUCCAUGCAAUGGAAUCAUCCCUGCAAUGUUUGUCCUGCUAUGUUGUGUUUUAGUUUGUCUGUCUGUCUGCCUGUCACACAAGGAUAACUCUACAGUAAAUGUUACCCUCUCAGUAAGGUAGAGUUUUAGCUGUAAGGGAAUGGUGUCAAUUUUAAGUCAUUUUUGUCACUUCUUCGAGAGAAUGUUGUCCCUCUGUAUUCUGUACAUGUGAAAAGCUGAAAAUAUCCAAUUAAUAAUCUAUUCUUGUGUUCAGACUUCUUUUGUGCUUUUGUGGUAAUCCAAAAGUAUGAUGUGCAUUAUUUUCCUAUGAAUACUCUACAAAGUUUAACAUUCAUUAAAUUAUUUGUGUCUAACCUUUAUUUCAAGAAAUGAAAGCAUUCAAAAUUUAUUCAUGUGUCUCAGUGUACUUGUUAUCAAAAUUUAGUGCAUCAUUGUUGAUAAAAUUGUAGUAAAGUGAAACACUAAUUCUGAGAAACUACAGACAGAGGCAUUAUAAUAUAGAAGUAGAGUCUUGUCAUUAAUGUUAGUUUUAAUAUAGAAAGCCCUUUAAGAUAAACCAUAUCUGAAAGCUUUUUUGAAAACUAAAGGUAUGGUGAGCACUUAGCUCAUAAAAUGAUACUCUAGCUUACACAUCAGUUUAAGUGUAAUGGACGGAUUGACACCCCCAUCACAACAGAACCACUCCCACACUUCUCAAGUGUGGGUGUAAAAAGUACUCAGUGAUUCAAAACCAGAUAAUUUUUUUGUUAUGUCAAUAUUUAUUAUAAAUAACAAGUACCUUAUAUUUGAUUAAAACCAUUUUAAAUUAGAUGUCAAUUUUUAUACACAUUUAUCCCCUGUGUAUCUGGUAAAGGUGUUAAAGUAAAUCCAGUUGUUUUAUGUACUCUGUUUAUCUGUGUAUUAAUUAUAUUCCAAAUCCUGCUAUGCCAGGUUAUUGUGUCUUUCUACAAAUUGUUAUUCUUCCCAUGUAGAUAUAAUGAUGCUAGCAGUAAUAUUUUCUCUUGAAACAAAUCUUAUCAUUUGUACAAUAAAAUGACAUUAAAAUAUUUAAAAAA